GCGCAUGCGCGGUGGCUCCGGCAGCGAUGGCGGCGGGCGGAGCGCGGCCCGCUGUGGUGCUGGGCGCCAUGGAGAUGGGGCGGCGGGCAGGGCCGGAGGCCAGCGCCGCGCUGCUCCGCGCCUUCCUGCGCCGCGGGCACCGCCUGCUCGACACCGCGUACAUGUACGCGGGGGGAGAGUCGGAGAAGAUCCUGGGCGCGCUGCUGGCUGCAGGCACCGAGCCCGUGCAAGUCGCCACCAAGGCCAACCCCUGGGAUGGGAAGACGCUGAAGCCCGAGAGCGUGCGGUCACAGCUGAACACAUCCCUGGAGAGGCUGAAGAGGACGAGUGUGGAGCUCUUCUACCUCCAUGCCCCUGACCACGGGACCCCGGUGGAGGAGACGCUGCGUGCCUGCAAUGAGCUGCACAAAGAGGGGAAGUUUAAGGAACUUGGUCUAUCCAACUAUGCAGCAUGGGAGGUAGCAGAAAUCUGCACCAUCUGCAAAUACAACAACUGGGUGAUGCCAACUGUGUACCAGGGCAUGUACAAUGCGACCACUCGCCAGGUGGAAGCUGAGCUCUUCCCUUGCCUGAGACACUACGGGCUGCGGUUCUAUGCCUACAACCCACUUGCAGGAGGGCUGUUGACUGGCAAAUACAAGUAUGAGGACAAAGACACACGUCAGCCCACGGGAAGAUUUUUUGGGAAUGACUGGGCUCAAGCUUACAGGGACAGAUACUGGAAAAAGCACCAUUUUGAAGGCAUUGAAAUAGUAGAAAGAGCUCUGAAAGAUGCUUAUGGCUCUGAUGCACCAAGCCUGACCUCCGCAGCUCUGCGCUGGUUGUACCAUCACUCUAAACUGCAGGGUUCUCUUGGAGACGCGGUGAUCGUUGGGAUGUCCAACUUGGAGCAGCUUGAGCAGAACCUCAACUACAGUGAAGAGGGGCCCCUGCUCCCGGCCGUGGUGGAGGCGUUUGACAAGGCCUGGAGCCUGGCUGCCUCCGACUGCCCCAACUACUUCCGCUAGAGACCAGGGUAGGGACAAGAAAGUGGGUGCCAUGGGGGUGGAUGAUCGAGCACUGGAGAGGUACUUGCCAACCCUGCCGCUUUGAUCAAUGUGCAAAUAGGUUUUUUCCUGUACUAAUAUGAAUGAAGCUUUGCAGGAUCCACUCCAAUUGUCAGCACUUGCUGUGGUGGCCGUGCCUUCAUCCUCCUGCCCUCCUGACUUUCAGCUCUGUGCAGCACACUGUGAUGUACACGUGUACUUAAUCAGGGGAAAAUGAACACGUAACUGGAUGGACAGGGGAAAAUGAACACGUAACCCCAGUUCACCCUUAAUAUGAGAUUUUAAAUAAUUAUGUAUAAUAAAACCUUUUUCUCACACUGCCCCCAUCUCCUAACCGCAGUCUAUCUCUUAACCCACAGCCUGGCUGGCUUCUCCUUAUCCAUGCUCUGCAACCUCGAGCUUAACAGCUCCUCUGGGUCAGAAGAUGGGAGCAAACCCUCUGCAACAUGUUGGAGGGGGUCCAGAGAAGACCCACAAAAGCAAUGGGGGACAGAGCACCUUUCCUGUGAGGAACAGCUGAGAGAUCUGGGGUUGUUCAGCCUGGAGAAGACUCCAUGGUGGCCUUACUGUGGCCUUUCAAUUCCUAAAAGGGGCCCAUUAAGAAAGAUGGGGAGAGACUUUCUAGCAGGGCCUGUUGUGACAGGACGACGUGUGAUGGAUUUAAACUGAAAGAGGGAGAUUCAGGCUGGAUGUGAGGAAGAAAUCCUUUACACUGAGGGUGGUGAAACACUGGCACAGGUUGCCCAGAGAGGUGCUGGAUGCCCCAUCCCUGGAGACAUUCCAGGCCAGGCUGGAUGUGGUUCUGAGCAACCUCACCUUGAUGAAUACAUCCGUGCUCACUGCAGGGGAUUGGACUGGAUGAGCUCUGAAGGUCCCUUCAACCCAAACCAUUCUGUGACUGUGUGAUCUUCCCCAGUAGCAGGCACACUGUAUCUAAGCUGUUAGAUUUAUGUGUUUUCAUGUUUGGAGGGAGCAUUUCCUCACAUCCCAGGGUACUCCACCAGUAACAGGCAGUAGCAACGACCAUCUGAGGUGUUAUAUGUACAUUUAUAUAUAUAAAAAAGCAUAAUUAGGUCAUUUCUA